GUGAUUGCUUGUUCAAACCCCCGUUUUUGUCUCUUUUUUAAAAUAAUUUUAACUGGAAAUAUGUACAAUACAUAUGCUAUGUUCGUCAAAUCAGGAUCAGGAGGUUCACAGGUUUUUUCGUGUCCUUUUUUUCUUUAAAAGGAUGAAACUAGCAUGUACAUAUGAAAUAGUGACUGAAUCGAAACUCCCAUGAAUUCUUUCAGUAUCUGAAGAUUGCUGUAUAUUUUAUGAGUAAUAAAAUAAAGAAAUGAGUUAUGUUAUUUAAUAAUGAACUAUGGGUUAUCUGUUUUAUGUGACAACCGCAGUAUCAAUUUCUAGGUGACAGUGGUGCUAAUCCCAAAAGAAAGGCUACAUACAACAAGGAACAAGAAGUCUAUUGGCAAAGUGAUGAAUAUUGCAUGUACCUUGGCCUAACGGUGUGGGUUAUGUAUUUUAUUUUUCAUGGCGUCCUCAACAUUACAGUUUUAAGGGCAACAAUAGCCUAAAUUUGUUUACAACUCGCAGGAUUUCCAUACAUGAGCUUUCAACAACACAGAGUGUUGCAUCAGCACGAGAUCGAAAGUGCGUCAAAUCUGUACAGGUCAUUGUUACGUCAUCACUGAUAAACGUUGAAACUGAUGAAAAACCGCUGGAGCAGUUCAGUCUAAACCUCCCUAGUGCUGGAGGAUUGCGUUUGUUUUCGCUCUGGAUGCGCGUUCAUUUUGGCAAGGAAAUGUGCUGAUUUUGCAAGGAGAUGGAGAAUAAAGAGUUCAAGGCUGCAGUGGUGACCUUCACUACCGUGACCCAUAAGGAUGAAACUUCCCAGACCAGCCUCACCCUCAGCAGGGGAAAGAGAAGCUACCCAGACCUACACACCUUUGUGCAGGACAUGAAGGACGACCAUUGGAAUCUGCUGAGUGAGAAUAUGCGUGCCGGGAUGAGCAGACAUGAGUUUAGUGCCAAGUGCAUGGAUAUUGUAGCAUGGGUGAUGGAGUCUACAUCCACUGUGGUUGUUCCCGCCCUUGACCUCACCAUGCAGAUAGAGCUCUCUGAUUCGCCAAGCUCUUCUGGAUCAGGAAGUAAUGAGGCAGGAGAGGUGACCUCUCUUGGCCGCAGCGUCAGAUUCAGCUGUAGUGGAGGACCCAGCAGGUGCACCAGCGCCAGAACCGCCUGCAGCACACGCACUCCCACGCCUUUCCCCUCCUCUCACAGGUGUUUGACCUCUUUGCUGAGUGAGGACAAUGAGCGAUAUGUCUCCUCACCUGAGGGUGGCGAUAGAGAGAUGAGACACAGACCACACUCAGCACCACUGAGAUCUGUGUUUGGCAUCUCUGAGGACUCUGUCUUCGACAUGGUCCAGAGCGGCCAGUCGCAGGGUGACAUCGUACCGCCGCCCAAACGGAGUAGACAGGAGAAAUACAGACCUAGCAAAAUGUCAACGGACGGCAAGUUUAUGAUGGGUAUUGUCGAGUUGGUUAUAAACCUUCUCAACUCCAGAUGGGCUGAGCUAAUGCGAAGUGUCAGUCAGGGAACUCUAGUUCUGCUGACUGGAAGUAUCUCAGCAAGUCAACAGUUUGCCCAAGAGAUGCUAAGCAUGGCGACUUCUAAGAUGUAUUCCCAUGCCAUAGAGCAUAUUGCGCUCGGCCACAAGUCUCCCCUUGAGUUAGAGAGGGAGCUUGAGGCCAUCUUGGGUCCUCUGGCUGGACAGGUCAUAGUCAUCAUCAUAGAUAGCAUCAUCAAGGCUAAAAUCAACGGAGGAAAUGAGGGGAGAGCGACCAGCCCCUUGACCUAUUUUCUAACUGCCAUUUCGGCAGAAAUACAAAGCCUAGUGGUUCACAGAUCGGCUAGCAGUCCAUCCACCAGACUGUCCAACAACGACCCACUGCUGAACAUUUCCAAGUCGAAGGUCUUAAGAUCAGUUCUGCUCAAAAUGGCAGAGCUCUUUGGCCAAGGUCCAAGUGAAACCUGUCUAGUUCCACUAGUCCAGAGUCAGUCCAACAACUCCAUUUGCGACUGGACUGUGAAUGCAGGCACCAUUCAUCCAAGUACAUUUCUGUCCGACAACAGAAUGAUAGAAGUGUCAUCCGAUGUUGUGGAUCUUGUACUUGAGGUUUUUUGGAUAACAGGAUUUUUGGAUAACAGGAACCCGUCAAGGCCACAGAGUGCCUGCUCCACAACUCAGCUAGUGGAGCAAUAG